GGCUUUAUCGAUGGGUUUUGAUUUCCAAUUUGUGCGCUCCAAUUGUCUUUUCUCCAUUUUUAUCUCGUCAGAAGCCGGGUAGAGCUCCCUUGCGGCGACGCCCUCCACACCGCCGCCCGCAACACACGAAGCCAAGAUGGGCAUCGACUGGAAGAUGUUCCCGAUGAAGCUGCACUACUUCCUCAGAUUUUCAGGGGUAGGGCCGCUGAUGCCUUUUUUGCCCGUUAUAGUGCGGCAGAAGGGGAUACCUGUGCACUACGUCGGCGCCAUCUGGACAGUACUUUCCAUGGUCAGUUUGGGAGUAAAGGCCUUCACAGGGCCUCUAUCGGACCACCUGAAAGCGCACCGGGCAGUAAUGGCAUCCUGUAUAUCCUUCUUGGCAGCUGCGCUUUCAUGCAUUUACUUCAUACCGGACCUCAGCCCGCCCCAUGCCCCGCCUGGCGCUAAGGAUUCACAUGGUCUAUCAGCUACAGAUGAAGUGACAGUAGAGUACCUCCUAAGCCGAACGGAAUUCUGGUUCCUGCUAGCAUGUCUGUUGAUUCAGUUCUGCUGCCAGAGCGCAUCGGUGACCCUCCAGGAGGCUCUCUGCUACCAGCUGCUUGGAAAUGCAAGCCAGGAUUUCGGUAAACAGCGCCUGUGGGGGUCCCUGGGAUGGGGCUUCGGUGCCGUGACCGGAGGACUCAUGGUGGACUGGUAUUCUCAGGGUAAAGACCAGAAGGAUUACUGGCCGGCCUAUGUCAUGACGUUCCUGUUCCUCAUGAUGGACGUGAUGGUGGUAUGCAGUCUCAAGUUCAGCGCCAGCAGCUCCAAAAUCACCUGCGCUGCCGUCUUCAACGUCUUAUCGCAGCCGUCCACAGUUAUUAUUUUGAUAGCGACCUUGGUGCUUGGAGCCUCAUGCUCUACGGUGGAUACUUUCCAGCUCAUGUUAGUGGAGGACCUCAUGGAGCCCAACUAUCCUUACCUCAAGAUACUCGAAGGCCUCAUGCUGGGAGUCCAGUGUCUGCUGUCGGAGGUUCCCCUUUUCUUCGUGGCGGGUCGCUUUAUCAAGAAAUUCGGGUACUUCAACGCAUACUUCACGUCGCUCAUGGUCUUCUGCCUCCGGUUUGUCUUGCUUUCUGUCUUCAACAACGCCUGGUGGUUCCUCGUGGUCCAGCUCCUCCACGGACUUUCCUUUAGCCUCGCCUACGCCAGCCUCACCUCCUACGCCAGCAACAUUGCUCCUCCUGGGACUGAUGCCACGAUGCAGGCCGUCUUCGGCAUCGCUUACUUUGGAGGUGGGGGCGUGGGCAGCUUCGUGGUGGGCAACCUGUUCCACAGCCUAGGAGGCAAAACAGCUUUCCUCAUGACUGGCUUGUUCUGCGGCGGGUUCGGCAUCCUUUUCCACAUUGUGCGUCUGCUUCUGUUCUCACACGGAGCCGCCUAUCAAGCACUGAAAACCACGGAGAAUCGUUAAUUACGUUCAAUCACGAUCAUUUUUAUAUAAAUAUUUUAUAUAUAUAUAGAAGUUAUUUUGCUAUUAUUUUUUGUAUAAGAUAUGCGGUGAAUCACAGCGUGAAUGAGGUAAAGGGAAAAUCUACAUUACGUUUUCAUGGUAAUUUAUUUGAAAAUGGUGUUGCUUUUUCAACUUUUUUGUGUGAAAUUCCCUGCAUAAAUAAAAAUUGUAAUGCACUUGUA